ACACCAAGCAGUCGGCGUUGUGCAGUGAACAAUCUCUCUGUGCCUGUGUGUUCUUACUGAUAAAUAAAAAAAAAAAAAAAGAUAAUAAAUUAGCGUCCAACGGGCGAGGCUUGGUGUUUUAUCGAAUUGGCAUUUAUUAAACGGCUAUAAAAUGUCAUCAAUCGAUUAUUUAGAUUUGUGCCGAUUGUGCCUUGUUAAAGAAAGCGCUUUUGUGCCAAUAUUUGAUGGCGAAGGUGAUGGCAGACAAAUAUUUCUUAAAAUCGCUGCCUGCCUGCCGGUCAAGGUGACCAGAGAUGAUAAAUUGCCAAAAAAAAUAUGCAACGAGUGUGUACAAAAAAUUGAAUUAUUUUAUCAAUUUUGUAACACAACGACAAAUGCUGAAAAACAAUUGUUAGAAUGGAUUGGUGGAGUUGAUUUGAAUGACAAACAAACAUAUGUAUCUGCAGUAAUUAAUCAGGAUCAAUCAUCUAACAACAGACUUGAUGGAAAUGUAAUGCAACAAACAAAUGAACAACACCAAAAUAACAUUGAUAUGAACAUGAUGGAAUCAAUAGGACUAGAAAUGCCAAUGAUGAUUCAACAAAAUCAAACUCAAAUGACAAUUAAUUACACAAACAACACAAAUGCUCAGUCAAUGCAAUCAAACACAGCUGCUCAACAACAAAAUAACUCUAAAAAUAUGGAUGAUUCUGAUGAUGAUCAUUGUGGUGGUGAUGAUGACAUGGGACAAAAUGAAGAACUUUCUGUCAAAGAAGAAAUACACGAUUCAAACAGAACCAUUGAGCCAGCAUUUGUUAAUGUCUCAAUUCCUUGUGAAGAAGCUGGACCAUCUGGUCUUCAACAAAAAUCUGGUGAUAUUCCAGAUGGACAAUUUCUUGCUGGACAAUCAACUGAUGGAGAUCCCAAGUCAGGUCUAUCUGAAAUGCCUGGAAUCGAAGGAUUCAUUGAUAUGAAGCCAAUUUUGCCACGUUCAUGUGAUAAAUGUGACAUAUUAUUUUCAUCAAAAAAAGAUUUAAUUGAUCACAAAGUACGUCACAAGAUGGAUGAUGAACAAUCAAAUACAACAAAAUUUUACAAUACAUAUGUAAUUGCAACUGUUCCAUCAUCUCCAAAUAAUAUUCAAAUUUUAUUGCCAAAAUCAGAUGUAUUAAACAAAUUAAUUAAAAUCGAAAAUCUUAAAACAGAAUCUAUAACAGAUAAUGAACAAGAAAAUGAAUCAAUUAAAGUAUUAGAAGAUGAGCAAGAAGUACUAGUUGAAGAAGAAAUUAAUGAAGAAGUAGUAGAAGAAGAAAAAGAAGACGAAGGAGUAAUAUUAGCACAAUUAAGUUCUGACGAAUUUCCUUAUGAUGAAGUAAAUAAAGAGUCUAAUGAAGAAACUAUGAAUGAAGAUGAUUCAUUUGAAGAUGUAUAUGAUGAUAACAUAAAUUUAGAAAUUGCAAAUAAAGAAAUUGUAUAUGAUGAAGAAGAAGAUGUAUAUGAUGAUAACAUAAAUAUAGAAAUUGCAAAUAAAGAAAUUGGACCAGAUGAAAAUAUAAUUAUAUAUCAAAUUGAAGAUGAUAUAGAUUUUAAAGAUGAAACAAUUGAUAAUAGUAAUAAUAUUGAAAGUGAUGAACUAUUAUCACUAGAAUUUGAUGAAGAUUUACAAGCUGAUAAUGAUGAUACAACAUCAUCAAUUGAACAAUCAAAAAAUAAAGAUAAAAAAACAAAUAAAAAAACAAUAUAUCAAUGUGAUACAUGUGAUUUUGAAUGUGAAAAAAAAACAACACUUUAUAGUCAUGUUAGUCGUAAACAUCGUCAUGCUAAUGAUAAUAUUUAUUCAUGUACUGAUUGUGAUUUUACAUCAUUAAAAAAAGCAUCAUUAGCAUCACAUUUAAAAAAACAUACAAAAGAUGAAAUACAAAUAUUUGCAUGUAGUGUUUGUAAUUAUCGUACAAAUAAAAAAACAACAUUAUAUUCACAUAUACGUCAUAAACAUGAUCCAAAACAAUUAUUAAAAUUACAACAAUUAUAUGCUUGUCCAGAGGAUAAUUGUAAUUAUCGUAAUCGUAGUAAACAUGAAUUAAAAGUACAUAUUGCACGUAAACAUAAUGAUGAAUAUAAUUUUCCAUGUGAUCAAUGUGAUAAAAAAUAUAAAGUUAAAGGUGAUUUAACAAAUCAUGUACGUUUUGAUCAUAUUGAAAAACCAGUAAUAUGUGAAGUUUGUGGUAAAACAUGUCGUAAUAGUCAUUCAUUAUUUGUACAUCAAAAAUUUGCACAUUUUAAAGCUAGUUUUGAAUGUAAUAUAUGUAAAAGACGUAUGGUUACACAAGAAAAUUUAGAUGAACAUAUGUUUAGACAACAUGAACAUCGUGAACAUGCACAAUGUCCACAAUGUUCAAAAAUAUUUAAUAAAGCAAGUGUAUUAAAAAUACAUAUGAGAAUACAUUCUGGUGAAAGACCAUAUGCCUGCAAAUUAUGUGAAAAAAAAUUUGUAAGAAGAACAGCAUUACGUCAACAUGCACUUACACAUACUGAUUUUAAACCAUAUGUAUGUGAUGUUGUUGUUAAUGGUGUUGUUUGUGGUAAAUCAUUUACACAAAAACCUGGUUUAACAUGCCACAGAAAAACUCAUCCAGGAGAUCAUCCAGCAGCACCACCAGUUUUUAUCAGUCAAUUUUUAACUGAUGUUUUGGAUGAAUUAUAUAUAAAAAGGAAAGAAAUUGAAGCUGGAAAUUCACGUGGAUUAUUUACCUUUGAUCAGUCAUCAGUUGUUAUGAAAAAAUGGCAAAUAUUAGAAUUUGAUGGUAAGCCAUAUUAUGUAUUUGUGCCAGAACAUGAUAAACCAAUUGAUACAAAUAAUAUACCAUCUGAAAAUGAUAGUGAUAAUCAAACUGAUAAUGAUGAUGGUGGUGAUGAUAAUGAUGGUGAUGAUGAUGAGAGUAUAAAUGAUUAUAAUUAUAAUGAAUUUGAUAAUUAUCAUGAUGAUGAAAUUGAUGAAAUUCAAGAUGUUAAACCAAUAUUAUUAAAAGGAGAAGUAUAUGAUGGUGAAAAUAGUGCAGAUGCAUCAUCAAGUGGUGAAUUAUAUCAAGUUAAUUUUGAGGGUAAUUUAAUAACAUUACAAAAAAUAAAUAAUAAUAAUAAUGAGGAUGAUGAUGAUGAUAAUAAUACCAAAGAAAUAAAAAAAAUUUUAAAAGUUGAUGAGACAAUAACACCUGAAAAUGAUAAUGGUAGUCAGUAUAAUUCAAUUGAUGAAGAUGAUCAAUAUGAAUCAAUUGAAAAUAAUAAUGAUGAAGAAGAAAGUCAAAAUGAAGAAAUUGAUGAUAUAGAAGAUGUUAAUGAUGCUGAUUAUUAUGAUGAAGAUUAUCAAACAACACAAGAAGAUGACAUUGAACAGUAUCAAGAAAAAAAUAUUAAUGAAUCUGAUUUAUUAGAAUAUAUAUCUGUUGAAGAGCAAGAAAAUGAUAAUGAAGAAGAUGUUGAUGAUGUUGAUAGUAUUAAUAAUGAAAUAAAAAAUAAUAAAUUAGAAAAAAUACAAGAUAAUAAACGUUUACGUCAUCGUAAAAUAUUAAAACAUUUAAAAUGUAAAUUAUGUGAUGAUACAUUUGAAUCUAAAAUUGCAUUUAGAAAACAUGUUGCAUGGACACAUAAAAAAAAAGUAUAUAUACAAGAUAAUGGUAUAUUUAUAUGUUCAGUUUGUGAUUUUAGAACAUCAAAAAAAAGUUUAUUUGCUGCACAUAUUGAACGUAAACAUGAAACUGGACCUGGUAGAAGAGGACAAAAUCUUGAAUUUCCAUGUCCAAUAUGUAAUUUUAUAUGUCGUUCAAAACAUUCAUUACAAUCACAUCAUACACGUAAACAUACUGAUACAUUUCAGCAUCAAUGUAAUCAUUGUGAUAAAAAAUUUAAAGUUAAAGGUGAUUUAACAAAUCAUAUUAGAUUUCAUCAUAAAGAAAAACCAGUUAAAUGUAAUGUAUGUGGUAAAAUUUGUCAAAAUACUGGUUCAUUAUAUGUACAUCAAAAAUGGGCACAUUAUAAACCAAAAUAUGAAUGUAGAAUAUGUAAAAGACGAAUGGUUACACAAAAAAAUCUUGAUCAACAUAUGGUAUCACAACAUGAAAAAAGAGAAAAAAUAUCAUGUGAACUUUGUUCUAAAACAUUUACUAAAAAAGAUUCAUAUAAACGUCAUAUGGCUGUUCAUACUGGUAGCAAACCACAUUCUUGUCCUGUAUGUAAAAAAAAAUUUGCCAGACAAUCACAAUUACGUCAACAUGUUUUAAUUCAUACUGGACAAAGAGCAUUUGGAUGUGAUCUUUGUCCAAAAACAUUUACACAAAAACCUGGUCUUAUUUGUCAUCGUAAAACUCAUCCUGGUCCUCAUCCACCAUUGCCUGUUAUGCCAAUUGCUGAUAUUGUUGAAAAAUUUAUUUCUACACAAAUGCUUGAACAAAAUAAAGAAUCAUUUGAAGGAGAUGAAGAAGAAGAAGAAGAAGAUGAUGUAGAAAAUUUAGAGGAAGAAGAAGAAGAAGAGCAAGAAGGUGAAAGAGGCGAAGAAGGAGAUGGAGAUGAUGAAGGAGAAGAACAACUCGAAGAAGCUAGAAUAAAAAAAUAGAAUCAGAGGACAAUCAAGUAUCAGCAGCAAAUUUUAGUUUCAUUGACAUUCAAAAUAUUAAAGAAGAAGAAGAAGAUGAUGAUGAUGCCUCGACAGUUGAUGAAGCAUAUUAU